AUUAUGUACCACUUUCUCAAAGCCGUUUCCUGAUUAACUUGAUUCCUGCCCACGUGCCAAAACCCCCGAGUGGCUCUUGUGGAUAUACAAGUCAAUUAUCAGUCGACUUCGGAACAAACUGCUUACAUAAAGAUGAGAGUGCUUUGGCUUCUUUCGAUGGCCUUGGUGUUCAGUUUGGCGAUGUCCGAAGAAGAAAAUUGUUUUGGCAACACUUGUGAAGAAUGCAUGAGAAACAGCGAGUCUGGGAGAUGCAUCUGGUGCGGAGCCGCGAACUUUACUUCCGGUCCUCGCUGUAUGUACAUAAGAAAUUUCGAACAGAGAGGGAAGUGUCCCGGAAGUCUAGUCCACUGGCCCACAAAGCUAACCUACAUCAAAAGUAGGGGGUUUUCCGACUCAGUUAUUAUGGGGAACGAUAUCAACAAGUAUGCUGGUCGUAAAGGUGGUGUAGCUGAACACAGAAUUGCAGUGCGGGUACCUGACACAGUUUCCAGGAAAAAGAAAGUUACCGCUGUUGUCCUUUUACCCAGACCCGGAAAUGACGACCCAGUACUCAUCACCGUAGAUGUAGAAUGCAGCAAAAGAUUUGUUUCGAAGAAAAAUCCAUACAAAGUAAAAUGCAAAAAGUUAAAGCGAGGAGAGGAGUUUUAUAUGAAAGUGAUGGUGAAGUUUUUGAAGGACAUGAAACCAAAAGAGAAAAAGAAGUUAAAACUCAGGGUCAAAAUCGGCAAACUAAAACAAGUUCUCCGUAUCUUUGCCUCUGGGAUUGAACCAUGUCGAUGCAGCACAAAGAGAACAAAUGCCCCUAUCUGCAAAUGGAAAGAUUCCAAAGGUAGCAAAGGCAACAGUAAGUGUGUGUGUACAGACGCUGAUAGACCCACUACCACCGAGGUACCAGUGGCGGUAGAAAGUCCAGUUAUAAGACCUGUGGGAGGUGGAAUGCCCAUCGGGGCCGCGGGUGGCGGAAUGGGUACACGAUUCACCAUACCAGAGGAAUCUCUGAAUAGACUCCCGCUGGGAUCCCCUGCAGAGGACAUAGAAUGCCAGAACUGUAAGGACCAAUGCCCAGAUCACGGUAAAUGUGUGGACUGCUUUGUGUUCUCGGGGUCUCCCAUGCCUAAUGCAAUGUGCCGCCAGUUCUGCGGAGGAAGGCGUUUUGCUCCGACCUUCAGACGAGUCCGAGGAUUCCCUGACGAUGUUAACAAAUGCACAUAUAGAGAUGAACAAGGGUGUUUAAUGAAAUUCCAGAUCGUUCAUGACCGAUUCUUUGAAGUAUCUAUGAAGAAAGAUUGCCCAACGGAAAUUUGCCCUCAAAACGCAACUUGUGCAUCAGAUUCAAGCGGUAAUAUAUGCAGUAACAAUGGAGUGUGUAAAUGCGGAGUAUGUGAGUGUAACCCCGGGUAUUACGGACAAAGCUGUGAACAGUGCCAGAAUUGUGGCGGGAAAUGUAAUGAACUCAAAUCGUGUGUCGCCUGUACCUCCUUCAAUGACUUCAGUGGCUACAAGGAUGAGAGAGAAUGCAGUGAUAACUGUGCAUCAUAUAACAUUCGACCCAUGAGUCCUUUCCUGUCUCCACGUUCUGUAACAAAUUCCAAAAUGUGCCAAGUAUUUAACAAGAACAACUGCUUCUACACCUUUGCAUACACAACGACAGGAAAUGACGUGACGGAAGUUAGUGUUCUUCAGCAGCAGGUUUGUCCUGAAUAUAAUGGGAACUAGCAACAGAAAGAAUAUAAUGGGAACUAGCAACAGAAAGAGCAAUUAUAAAUACACAUUGUAUUUUCUCAGACGAAGGCAUUUUGCCAGAAAUUCAUUGUGAAUUUGUGUUCUUACUUCCUGAUGCGUAUAAUUGGAAUAUGCAAAUUAAGUGUCGUUUCCAAUAUAAUUUAGUUUUAAAUUGUUUCCUUUUCUGUUAUUUUUCUAUUAAAUAAAUGACUGUAUAUAUUACAUGUAUAUGUAGUUUAACAAUAAAUUUUCUAUAAUAAUAAAUACUGAGUAUUCAGUUCUACUCUUGUUAGUAAGAUACCGUAGGUUUCAUUGCGGGUACAGACGCGUAGUUGCUAAGCAUUCAUGUUGUUUAUUAAUAAAACGAAAAUUGAUCAAAA